ACCCACAUAAAUAUGAUCCACAAACUGGAAUAAGUUUGCCUCGUAACCAAGCAGUCAUGACUUAUCAGCUAGAGGAAUUGAAAUCAACUUUUGCAGAUGCAGACCCUGAGUGUAUACAAGCGUGUUGCAAGACAUACUUUGAAACACUUCGGAGAAAGUACAAUUUGUCAGAAAAGCCAGAAAAGCCAGAAAAGUCCCAGCUAAGAGAUGCCAUUAAAACAGGAGCUAAAAACCGACAAAGGAAAAGACGGUUGCUGGAUUCCAGGUCCAAGGUUGUUCAAACCGAUGCAGAGAGAGAGCUUUGGCAGACUGCAACAGUGGAGCUGAUGUCUGACGAGGAGGAUGCCAUUGUUGAUGGAAGGCCAGUGUGGAUUGUGAGGUCUCCAUCUCACAGGAACCCACAAUUGUCAGAACUUUGUGAGGAGCUUCAGCGCAGAUUGGAGGCAGACAUGCGCUACACUAUUUUGCAUCAUCAGCGUGUUAAGGCUGAUGGAAAUGGACAUGAUGGACCUUCCUUUAUUCAACUUUAACUAAACUGCACUGGUUUUGCAAUUUUAAUAAUUGCACCACAAACUGCACAUUUUCACUUAUUCUCUUCUAUUUUAUCUUAUUCUUUGUAUACUUAUUAGGUUAGAU